AAAAGAAACUGUAAAUUACGGGAUAAAUUACGGGAUCUAUUCCUGUGUUCUGACCAUUCAAUUCAUACAGCUGAACCAGACCGAAGUCAUGGCUCAGUCAUCUCGAAUCUCUCCCAAAAGGUACGAUGUAUUCAUUAGCUUCCGUGGGGAAGACACACGGACCGGUUUCACUAGCCACCUUCUCGAUGCUCUCAUCAACAAGGGAAUCGAAACGUACAUAGAUUACCGACUUCGAAGAGGGGAUGAUAUCUGGGAUUCACUUUGUAAAGCAAUCAAGGAAUCGCAUAUAUCCAUCGUUGUUUUCUCUGAAGAUUACGCUGCUUCAAAAUGGUGCUUGCAAGAACUGGCUGAAAUAAUAAAAUGCAGAAGAGAACAGGGGCAGGUUGUUAUUCCUGUGUUCUACGAAACGGAUCCUUCACAAAUUCGGGAUCAGAGCGAGAGUUGCAAGAUUGUUAGCAAGGGGAAUGAUGAAUUGGAAGUACAGAGAUGGAUUGAUGCUCUCACUGAGGCCGCAGAUCUAUAUCCAUCCUACUCACAAAGCUCUGGCAAUAGGGACGAGUCUCUACUCAUCAAGGAUGUUGUCAAACAUGUUAUGCAAAAGCUGCUGGAACUUAGAUAUUCCAAGAUUACAAAAGGGCUUGUUGGAAUUGAUGAAGCUCGUAAAGACAUUGAAUUAUCAAUGAAAAAUGCUCGAAGAAUUGGAAUUUGGGGUAUGGGAGGAAUAGGAAAAACGACCAUUGCUAAAGUCGUGUUUGCCAACCUUUCUCCCCAAUAUGACGGUGUUUGCUUCCUGACAAAUAUUUCAGAGGAAUCAAAACACAAGGAAUUAGCAUAUUUGCGUAACAAGCUCUCAAAGCUACUAAAGGAAAUUAAACAUGUCCAUGAGGAUGUAGGAACUACCCACACAACAGUGAGAAUGAACAGUAAGAAAGUUCUCAUUGUGCUUGAUGAUGUGGAUACUCUUGAGCAAUUAGAGUAUUUGUGUGGAGAGUCUGAAGUUCUCAAUAAUCUACCAGAAGCUAGCAGAGUCAUUAUUACAACAAGAAAUAGGCGUUUGCUUAUCGGUAAAGUUGAUGAGAUAUACGAGGUCAAGCCAUUGAACCCCAAAGAAUCACUAAAGCUUUUCAGCCUAAAAGCCUUCAGGGAAAGCCAUCCCAAAAAGGGAUAUGAGCAACUCUCAAAACAAGUGGUAGAAUAUGCAGGAGGCAUUCCCCUCGCUCUAAAUGAAUUGGGUUUGUAUCUCCACUCCAGGUCUGUAAAAUUUUGGGAGAGUACUUUGAGAAAACUUAGAAAAUCUCCUAAGGUAGACAUUCGAAACAUGUUAAGAGUGAGCUAUGAUGGAUUAAAGCCUCUAGAGCAGAAGAUAUUUCUGGACAUUGCAUUCUUCUUCAAAGAUGAAAAGAAAGACCUUGCAAUAAGGAUACUUGAUGCUUGUGGUUCUGAAGCAAGUAGUGGGAUAGACGUACUUGAAGAUAAAGCUUUGAUAACCAUUUCAUCAUGUGAUCAUAGAAUUCAAAUGCAUGACUUGUUGCGGGUAAUGGCUUUGGAGAUAGUGUACCGAGACUCUGAAUCAGGACCUGGAGGAUGCAGCAGAUUGAUGGAUGUUGAAGACAUUUAUAAUGUACUUGAAAACAACACUGGAACUAAUGCAGUUGAAGGCAUAAUUUUGGACUUGUCUAAGAUAAAAGAUUUACACUUGAGUUCAGACACAUUCGGAAAUAUGAAUAAUAUAAGGUUUCUCAAGUUUCAUAUCCCGAAAGGUAAGAGUCCCAAUAUUACGUACCUACCAGAAGGCCUUGAACAAUUUCCUAAAGAAUUAAGGUACCUAGAGUGGGAUAGAUACCCAUUGAAGUCUUUUCCACCAAGUUUUCGUCCAGAGUUGCUUGUUGAAAUUCACAUGCGCCAAAGUGAUGUUGAAGAACUUUGGGAGGGUGUGGAUGUAAAGAAUCUAAACAAUCUGGAAGUAGUUGACCUGAGAGAAUGCAGAAAGUUGGCGAACCUUCCAGAUUUAUCUAAUGCAUCAAGACUUAAAUGGGUGAAUCUCUCCGGUUGUGAGAAGUUGUGUUAUCUUCAUCCAUCGGUUCUAUCUUCUGAUACACUUGAUACCUUGAUACUGGAUGGGUGCAAAAAGCUCAUUCAGGUUAAAAGUGAGAAGCGCUUAGAAUCUCUAAAGAAGAUCAGUGUUAAUGGCUGCUCAAGUCUUAAGGAAUUUGAAGUGUGGUCAGAUUUAAUCGAAAAAUUAGAUCUAAGCAAGACAGCAAUUGAAUCAUUGCACACAUCCAUUGGGAGUAUAAACAAUCUUAGGUCACUCAAUCUAAAAAGUUUAAGACUUGAGCAUCUUCCAACCGACUUAUCUGCCUUGAAAUCUCGAGUAUCUUAAUCUUUCUUGCAAUGGACUAGAAUUUCACAAAGACCAGCUACAUGUCCUGUUUAAUGGCUUACAAUCACUUCAAAUAUUGCAUCUGAAAGAUUGUAGUAAAUUGUUUGAGCUCCCUGACAAUAUUAGCGCUUUAU